AUGGCGUAUAUCAUUGCUGUUAAUGCCGACAUUCUUUCGGAAACGGGUGGUACCUGCGUAUGUGAGAAACCUCUCACCGCAGCGGGGACCUGUGCAAAUGAGACGGAAUGGCAGUCCUGUGCAAAUGUCGUCAAGCAAGACCUCAUAACAGCGACGGCGGCACUAUCAGGACUGGCCAGUAUCCUCUUUGGCUUUUUCACCAAUCUCCCUGUCGCACUGGCCCCCGGUAUGGGUUUGAACGCCUAUUUCGCCUUUCAAUGCGUCGGAAUCCGCGGGACAGGCUCUGUCCCAUACUCUCUUGCACUGACUGCAGUGUUCGUCGAAGGCUUUAUCUUCAUCGUGCUUGCACUGACUGGCAUGCGACACUGGCUGGUGAAAAUCAUACCCGGGACGAUUAAAACAGCUAGCGGCGUUGGUAUAGGUCUCUUUCUGACCAUGGUAGGGAUGUCGUACUCUGAAGGCAUCGGUAUCAUCACCGGCAAUCCAUCGACGCCUCUGACGAUUGCGGGUUGUGACGCGGCGUACCUCGAUCCCAAGACCGGGGCGUGUACAAGCAAUCUGAUGACGAGCUCCAAGAUGUGGCUCGGUAUCACGUGCGGUGGUCUCCUGACAGCCUUUCUCAUGGCAUUUCGGGUCAAGGCCGCCAUCAUCAUCGGCGUGGCGCUCGUCUCGAUCUUAUCCUGGCCCCGCAAUACACCGUUCACGUACUUUCCCAACACAACUGAAGGCGACGAGCGCUUCGCCUUUUUCAAAAAGGUUGUCUCGUUCCACCCUAUUACCCACACAUUGAAUGCGCAACAGUGGGACCUCUCCGGUAGCUAUGGUGCCUCCUUUGCCCUAGCGCUUUUUACCUUCUUGUACGUCGACAUCAUCGACUGCACAGCAACCUUGUAUUCCAUGGCAAGAUUUUGCGGCCGCGUGCAGCAGCAGAAGGACCGGCCCAAGAAGCGUGGAUCAAGCAGCGACGGAGACUUUCCCAGGUCGACGGUCGCGUACUGCAUUGAUGCCGCGUGUAUCUCGAUCGGUUCGCUGUUGGGGUGCUCGCCUGUUACAGCUUUUAUCGAGAGCGGUGCGGGUAUCGCCGAGGGCGGGAGGACCGGAUUGACAGCCAUGGUAACAGGGCUGUGUUUCUUGAUAUCCGUCUUCUUUGCACCGAUUUUUGCUUCCAUUCCGCCUUGGGCGACGGGCUGCACGUUGAUCUUGGUUGGUUGCUUGAUGAUACGCCAGGUGUCGGCUAUCAAUUGGAGUUAUAUCGGCGAUGCCAUCCCUUCCUUCGUGACCAUAGCCUUCAUUCCCUUCAGCUACAGCGUAGCGUACGGCCUCAUUGCUGGUCUCUUCAUCUACGCCGUCCUCAACGGCAUGAUAGGGGCCGUCAUGUUCCUGAGCCGCGGCGCACACGAGCCCAAGGACUACCACCGGCGGGAGUACUGGACAUGGAAGCCCGCGGGAGAGAAGCCGUGGAUCUUUCGGAUCUUCACCAAGGGCCGUUUCUGGGAGGACGAACGGCGCAAGACGCGGCGGUCCCAGGAGAGCGCCAAGGAGGCGUGUGACGCGUUCGCAAUGUCCGAGGUGGACCUGGAUUCUAUGAGGACCUCGAGAAUCGCGACCUCGUUCGCUGCGUCCUCACAGAGAAUUUCGGCCGGGGCGGCGGACGAAUCGGGCGCUCAUGGGCUGGGGGAGAUCGGGAGCGACGGCGAGACGCACGAGCUGGACAUUGUGGUCGUUCCGAAGCAGGUGGCCCAGGUGUCUCAUGAGUAA